AUGGACCAACUACCAAAGCUCAGCAAUGUCUACAUCGUGAGUGGGUUGGCGACCAUCGGUGGCCUGAUUCAAGGGUUCGAUGUCUCAAGCAUGUCCGCCAUCAUUGGCACCGAUCAGUACAAGUCCUACUUCCAGAAGCCAAACCCGGUAGCACAGGGUGGUAUUACGGCCAGUAUGGCUGGUGGCUCAUUGCUUGGGUCUCUUUUUUCUUCUUGGACCAGUGACAGAUAUGGUCGUCGCGACUCACUUUUCAUUGCCUGCAUCCUGUGGCUGAUUGGCUCUACCUUGAUGUCUGCUGUGCAGAAUGUUGCUAUGCUGAUCGUCUCGCGUGUCAUCAAUGGUUUUGCUGUGGGAAUUCUCACCAGCCAAGGUCCAAUCCUCAUCGCCGAAAUCAGUCUUCCACAUCAGCGUGGUAGGCUUCUAAGUUUGCAGCAAUGGAUGAUUACUUGGGGAAUUUUGAUAAUGUAUUUCAUCUCCUACGGAUCGUCAUUUAUGAGCACCAAUGCCGUCUUUCGUCUUCCCUGGGGACUUCAAAUGAUCCCUGCUAUUGUCCUGCUGGCUUUCCUCCCCAUGAUGCCCCGGUCUCCGCGGUGGUUGGCCACCCAGGACCGAUGGGAAGAAGCAGAAGAGAUACUCGCGCGCUUACAUGCAAAAGGGGACAUCCUGGAUCCAAUCGUAAUUGCGCAGACUGCGGAAAUUCGUGAAAAGAUCGAGUUUGAGCCUCAAUAUGAAACUACAUCCUGGAUGGCGGUCUUCAACUCUCGGAAUAUUAUUCGAGUUCAUUGUGGUAUAUUCACUCAUAUCUGGUCUCAACUCAGUGGAACAAAUGCCAUGAUGUAUUACAUUGUCUAUAUCUUUCAGAUGGCUGGAUUAACGGGCAACAACGCUUUGCUAUCUGCAACUAUUCAAUAUGUCAUUAACGUGCUCAUGACACUUCCAGCGCUGAUCUUCAUCGAUCGUCUUCCACGCCGGCGUCUCUUCAUUGCAGGUGCUCUUGCUAUGGCGGUCCUUCAAUUCACUCAAGCAGGCUUGAUGGCAUCAUAUGGGGAACAUGUCCCCGGCGGGCUGAAGGGCUCUCCCACGGUCACAUGGAGAGUCACCAAUGGCAAAGCUUCUAAGGCAAUAAUCGCAUGCUCCUACUUGUUCAUUGCCGCAUAUGCACCAACAUGGGGACCUCUGGGCUGGGCCUAUCCGCCCGAGAUUAUUCCUCUCUACAUCCGCAGCAAGUCUGUCUCUCUGGCUACAUUUUUCAACUGGGCUUGCAACUUUGCUCUAACCUUCUUCACGCCACCCGGGUUUCAGAACAUUCAAUGGAAGAUAUACUGCGUUUUUGGAACCUUCUGCACAGUUGCAGCGAUCCAUGUCUUUCUCUUGUUUCCAGAAACCUGCGGGAAAUCAUUGGAGGAGAUUGACGAAAUCUUCAGUAACCACAGUAUCUGGGCUUUUAAGACUGAGCAUGUGCCCAGUCGGUUGGCUGCUGAUAUCGAGCAAGCAAAGGAAGACUUGACCAAUGAUAAAGUCGGGGUAGAUUACCCUGUGCUCUUAAAGUAG